AUGCAGUCGUCUGGCUUUGAAUGUGUUCCAGUGUCGGUGUUGGAGCGAGUAAAUAACUUUUUGAACGACGUGAGGGAGGAGCUGAGGCAUUCUAUGAUAAAGGAUUCAGCAACAAUCAAGAACGAGGGCCUGGCGGUGAGAAAACACGAGGAGGGCACCGAAGAGAAGAUAGUAGCCAGUCAAGAUUUCCAGAAGAAGAUCAUACCCCACCGGGACUUGGAGCAAGCAGCAAGCAGCAACGGCGCGGUCAUGGGCAACAACGACAUCUCACGACUGCUCUUCGAGAUGGAGGAAGACGACGACACGUUCAACCUGGCGGUGGAGUCGAGGAAGGAGGCGGCGGAGACGGUGAGGCAGAGCCGGCAGGAUCUGAUCGUGGUGGCGUCGCUGGUGGAGCGGAUCCCGAACCUGGCGGGGCUGACCCGGACGUGCGAGAUAUUCAGGGCGGGCGGGCUGGCGGUGGGGGACAUGGGGGUGGUCCAGGACAAGCAGUUCCGGCUGAUCAGCGUGACGGCGGAGAAGUGGGUGCCGAUGGUGGAGGUGCCGGCGGAGAGCAUGAGGGCGUUCUUGCAGAGGAAGCGGGCGGAGGGGUACACGGUGGUGGGGCUGGAGCAGACGGCCAACAGCGUGGCGCUGGACGAGUUUGUGUUCCCGGCCAAGACGGUGGUGGUGCUGGGCAGGCAGAAGGAAGGGAUCCCGGUGGACAUCAUCCAGGAGGCGGUGGACGUGUGCGUCGAGAUCCCGCAGCUUGGCGUCGUCCGGUCACUCAACGUACAUGUCAGCGCCGCCAUCGCCAUCUGGGACUACACCCGCCAGCAGCGCGUCCGCUCCUCCUCCUCCUCCUCGCUGUAGGUAGCUUCCGGUUCUCCUUCCUGUUGGAGUAAACCAGAGAAGGCUGCCAUGUCUGUUGUUGUAACAUGCAUGGACCUGAUCAUCCAUGACAAAACUGAUCAUGAACCUUCCUUAGCCAGGACUAGAUUGUUAGCUAGAUUUAUGCACCGAACUGGUCAUGCAUGAUGAAAACACUUUGCAAGAAGAUGUCAACCACUCUUGUUAAGAUUAGAUGAUAAGUUCCUGCUCUC